CUUAUGGUGGUCCUCCAAAUCAGUGGCAACAUAAUUCUCACCCUCCUUCAGAUCAUGUAGCCUCAAUGAAGCCACCACAACCUCCUGCUCCAAUUCCAUCACGACCGCCUUCUCAUGUUGCUCCGCCACUGCCUCCUCUCAUGAGCAGCAGUGGUGGUACCGGCUCAAACUAUUCAGGCGGCGAACUACUUCCACCUCCUUCUCCAGGCCUUGCAUUUAGCACUGCGAAGAGUACGUUUACAUACAAGGAGUUGGCGCGCGCAACGGAUGGCUUCUCUGAUGCUAACCUCCUUGGACAAGGUGGAUUUGGAUAUGUUCAUAGAGGUAUUCUCCCUAAUGGUAAAGAGGUUGCUGUUAAGCAGCUGAAAGCUGGAAGUGGACAAGGAGAACGUGAAUUUCAAGCUGAAGUAGAGAUUAUUAGCCGUGUUCAUCAUAAACAUCUUGUUUCUCUUGUUGGAUACUGCAGCACCGGGUUUCAGAGGCUACUUGUUUAUGAGUUUGUUCCCAACAAUACAUUGGAAUUUCAUUUACAUGGAAAUGGACGACCAACGAUGGAUUGGCCAACAAGAUUGCGAAUUGCUUUAGGAUCUGCAAAAGGACUUGCUUAUCUUCAUGAAGAUUGUCAUCCUAAGAUCAUUCAUCGUGAUAUUAAAGCUGCUAACAUCCUUCUCGAUUUUAAGUUUGAAGCAAAGGUUGCUGAUUUUGGUCUUGCAAAGAUUGCUUCCGAUCUCAACACUCAUGUUUCUACUCGAGUGAUGGGGACUUUUGGGUAUCUGGCUCCAGAAUAUGCAGCAAGUGGAAAACUUACAGACAAAUCAGAUGUUUUCUCUUAUGGAGUCAUGCUCCUUGAGCUAUUAACUGGACGUCGACCGGUUGAUAAAAAUCAGACUUACAUGGAUGAUAGUUUGGUGGAAUGGGCUAGGCCUUUGCUCAUGCGUGCUUUAGAAGAAAAUAAUUUAGAUUCUCUGAUUGAUCCAAGACUUCAGAAUGAAUUUGACCCUAGUGAGAUGACGUGUAUGGUAGCAUGUGCUGCAGCUUGCACACGCCACUCAGCAAAGCGUCGACCAAGGAUGAGCCAGGUUGUGCGUGCCUUAGAAGGAGACGUGUCACUAGCAAAUCUUAAUGAAGGAGUAAGACCUGGACACAGCAGUGUCUACAGUUCUCACGAAAGGUGGAUUCAGAGCUACAAUUCAAAUUUUUUUGUUUUGCAGGCAUAUCAAGAGGAGACUGAAUAGCUCAAGCUUCUUGCUGAAUGGAAGAGAAAGAAAGGUGGAUUCAGAGCUACCAUGUUUGUUUUUGGUGAGUACAAGACCAUUGUUCUCAAAGUUUACCUACUGAAAAGAGGUUUCUAUCAGUGGUAGCAAACCCUGUUAACCUUGUUUCUGUUAUAGGAAACUUGGUGGCGGCUCAAGUUGCGACAGAAAUCGGUUGGAGCGAGUUUGCGAUUUCAAUGUUUUCACUAGGAAUGGUACAUUAUUUCCUAGAUAAAAUCCACUUGUGUUGGGUUUAUUUUGGAAUGAGCUCAAUUAUUUUUAAAACCGAAUAAACCGCAUUAUGAAACCGAACCGAACAAAACCGAAACCGAAAAUAACCGAAUUGCAAACCGGUCGGUUUUGGUUAUGUUUUUUCCAACCGAUGG